AUGGACAAAAGCGGUACACACACAAAUUCGAUAGUAUCGACAACAUUAGAUUACCAUUAUAUUGGUAAUAGUAAUUUAGAAACCCUCUUGAAUGCCAUCGAGGUUUCACCAAUUAAUCUGUCCCAGAAAUGUCAUCUUACCAAGAAAAACGUCGUGAUAUCUUGUUUUUCCUCGGAUAGUAACGAAACAUCAAAACUGCAACACUCUUCUCAUUCUUCUGUUUCAUGUCAUCACCAACAACCAAGACUGGGAGAAUCUAACGAUGAUGAUAAGGAUCAAACCCCUGCUGCCAUGUCGAUCUCUUCAUUAAUCGAAUUAGAACAUUCUACACCACCAACACCGCCGGACACUUCUUUAAUUUUUCCGGGACUCUCCACAACUCCAACAAAACUAUCACCGAACCCAUCACCUAAUUCAUCACCUACCCAGCCAACUUCAAUUUCCGCGUCAUCCCCGACCUACUCCAUUUCAUUUCCUUGUCUUCAACCUUCUCCUCCUAGCAACACUUUUUUAAGCUCUUUUCCAUUACCCAGCGCGAAUCAAGCUGUCGAUAAUAUUUAUAAUACGCGUAACUCCUCUCCAUCAUCGGUUUCAAAUAAUUGCAAAAGGAAAAUUAUUGAUAGCUUCGCUGUAGAAAAAACGAGAUCAAAAUUACGCUGUUUCACUGAAGAACCUCUUACUUUAAAUUCCACUCAUUCGCCAUCCGAGGAUAACGGGGAUGAACUUUCAAUAUUAUCGUCGUCGUCAGGCAUGUCUUCACCAAGAAGAACUCACUGCUCGCAUAACAAUACCUUCGCUGACAACAACACCUCAAAUACUUGUCAAUCAACUACCAUCACUUGCUAUCAUGCGUCGGUUGCACAAAAAUCAUAUGGUAGUGAAAAGAGGUUUCUCUGUCCUCCUCCGGUGGUAACACUCGAAAGGCAUAAUGUCAAUUAUAGAGGAAAGUAUAACACAAAACCUGAAGUGUCAAUUUCGGUGGUGUGUGAAACGGGAGAGAGGUCAUUAGAGCGCAAGAUAUUGCUGGAUGAAAAUAUGAAGGGUACAUUUAAAUAUUUACAUGUUAGUGGUACCGCUAAAGCCAAACAAUUCACUUUAAAGUUGAAAGUAUUUCACAAAGAUUCUACUGUCCCCUAUGUUGUUUCCGAUUCCUCGCCUGUUACAAUUAUAUCAAAACCAUCUAAAAAAACCGCAAAGGCGAGGAACAUGUCUUCUUGUAUACUUUCUGGAUCCCAUAUUUCCUUGUUUAAUCGCAUUAAUUCACAAACUGUAAGAACGAAAUAUAUGUUCAUUGAAGGAGAUCAAUUAUGUGCGAAGGGUUCUUCUUGGUCUUCCUUUAUAAUCACUGUGGUAAAUCAUGGAACGAGAACGUUUUCAUCUGUGACCACCGGUACCUCCCCCAAAGGGUCAAACUCUCCUACUUUCGUCAAUAGUCCAAAUUCCACGCUGAUUACAUACGGUUCGGAGAUAACUCUCUCAAAUCCUGCAACAGGCUUUACCUCUGAUCGAUUGAUAAUUCGAAAGGUAGAAAAAGGUAAAAUUGCUCAAGGUGCAUGUGGUCCUGUCAGCCAGAUGCAGAAGGUCGCAUUACAGAGUGUACGUCUUGGUACACGAGAACCUCAUUAUCUAAGCGCUACUGAUCCUAUGAAUGGCGCGCAAUCCCAAGAACAAUGUGCGGCUAACGGCGCCUCCCUUUUUCUUGGUUAUCAGCCUUCCAAGGUUGUUCAUGUGCAGAACAUUGAAUUUGCAAACGAAUCACUUCGUGUAACACCUGCGCAAUCAUGUAUCAACAAUACUUCCUUUGUCGCUGUCGAGGAGGUGGAUGAUUAUUUGUGUUGGACCAUCGUAGGAAUUUGUAUGUAUUCAUGGCAUCUUGAAGAAAACUCUUUCUUUAUAUAUCAUUAA